AGUGUAGUAAUGUCAUUCGGGCGGCGCGUGUUUUGUGCGUAGUGGUCGUCGUGUGGUGUGUGUGCGUGUGUGUGUUAAGUGUUAACUGUUUUUUACUCRUUAUAGUUUGAUUUUUUUUCUCCGAGAAGCGUUCUCGUUGGCGUUUAGAAUCAUGAUUCGAUCGUGUGCGGUUCAACGGCAAUAUUAAUWGACAWAGUACAUUUUCGGAGCAAUAAUUCUCGCAACAAGUGUACACGACCGAUGACGACAACCGGGCAGCAGCAGACCGCUACCACGGURACGGCAAUGACGGGUAGCCCACGGCGACGUCGKUCGACGUUCUAUAUCCCGCUGCAGGCCACGGCCCGGCCUGUGUUGGCCGUGGCCCGGCUGGCGGACUCGAUGCCUCAGUCGGCCGCCCAGCAACAACCGCAGCACAAAUCGGCCAGCGGACGGGCUCUGUCUGCGUCCGCUCUGGCCCUGCUGCAAGCCGACCACCCUCCGUCCCACCGUCCACCUUCGUCGCCGUCGUCCAGCCGGCGGAGUUCGCCGCUGGCAUUUAUACGACGUCCGUCGUCCCGAAAAUUGGCCCGCAGCUCGUCCACCAUAAUYACCACGGGCGGCCGGUGGCUGUCGUCCAAGGCGUCCGUUGGCCCCCUGCGUGUUAACUGCGGUGACAGUUCGUCGUCCCUCGGCGACACGAGCGCCGUAGUCCAGCAGGCCAACAGGUCGCCGCCGAUCAUAGUCAUCGAAGGGUCGCCGGACGAGUAUUACCGCAGACGGCGUCGUCGGCGACGACACGGGCUGGGGAAGCCACCCAACUCGACCGGUGAAGACGAGAAUAGAAGCGAAAGCGACGACGACAACCAACUCUAUGACGACGACGACGGAGACGACAACCGAUCAGACACGUCGUACGAAAAAGCCUGCCGCCGAGGAAGCGCUCCCACGACUCCAGUGCUCGGCAACACCAGGUCGCUGGAACUCACGCCCUCAAGAAUUGUAAAUUUCUUUUCAAAACGGUCGUUCAGGUCAAAUCCGCUAAAACGGACCAAGAGUGUCACGAAGUUGGAGCGAAAGAAAGCGCUGGAAUCUGAUGGAAACGUUAGCCCGAGCAGUGGUCCUAGGCUGAGGACGUCCCGUUCUCACGAAUCGCUUCUGUCUGGCCAGUCACAGAGCAUCAUGCAAUCGUUGGACCUGAGCAGCGGCGGUGUAGAAAUCAAACCACUACAUCCGUCCGUGCUGGGCCGGGAAAACUGUUUCCAGGUGACAUUGCCUGCGGGUAACACAAGGUACUUUUCGUGCCGCACAGCUGAAGAACGCGACAAAUGGGUGUACAGUUUGAGGAAAUCCGUACAACCCGACCAGGAGCACAUACGCCGCACAGAAAAUGCGUUGAAAAUAUGGAUUCUAGAAGCCAAAGGGUUGGCUAACAAAAAAAGGUAUUUUUGUGAACUAUGUCUGGAUAAAACACUGUUUGCACGAACAUCAUCAAAACAGAAAUCCGAGCUCUGUUUUUGGGGAGAACAUUUCGAUUUCACUAGUCUACCACAAGUUAAUGUCAUAAAUGUGCAUUUGUAUCGAGAAGGCGAGCGAAAGAAGAAAAAGGAUAAGAGCUUCUUAGUCGGCACUGUAAGCAUUCCGGUACAAGAUGUCACAUCCAGAUUCCUUACCGAGAAGUGGUACCCGGUGACCACAGAGAAAACCCUCAAAGACCCUCCGUCCUUAAGAGUGAAAUGCCGUUUUCAGAGUGUAGACAUACUUCCCGUACAAAUCUAUCAAGAAUUCUUACAGUAUUUGAGAACGGACUACAAAACUAUUUGUGAAAUCUUGGAACCUGUUGUUGGCGUCAAGGCCAAAGAAGAUAUCGCCACGGCUCUGGUGCACGUCAUGCAAAAGGAGAACCUAGCUAAGGAGUUCCUGUCUGACAUUGUAAUGAUGGAUAUUGAAAAGGUUGAAGAUGAUCGUCUGACAUUUAGGGGGAAUUCGUUAGCCACUAAGGCAAUGGAAGCAUACUUGAAGUUAACUGGAGAAAAAUAUUUACAUGAGACUCUGAGUGAACUUGUAUCAAAUGUCAUGCAAACUGGUUUCGAUUGCGAAGUGGAUCCUUUAAAAGCGGGUAGUGCGUCAAAUUUGGCCAAACAGCAAGCCAAUUUAAGGAAUGCCGUUGAAACCACAUGGAAUCGUAUACUCUCUUCCCAUACGUCAUUUCCAUUUGAACUUCGGGAGUGUUUCACAAGGUUUCGUGAACGUAUGAAUGGCUCUGGUCGYCACGAUAUUAGUGACAAUUUAAUUUCAGCGUGUAUUUUUUUGAGAUUUUUGUGCCCAGCCAUUUUGUCUCCUAGCCUGUUCAACAUUACGCAUGAAUAUCCUAAUGAAAAAGCAGCAAGAAAUUUGACAUUGGUAGCAAAAACACUGCAAACCUUGGCUAAUUUCACACGAUUUCAAGGAAAAGAAAAUUUUAUGGAGUUUAUGAACGAUUUUCUGGAACGUGAAGCAGCUUCAAUGAAAUCUUUCUUGAAAAUUAUAUCUACYCCUGUUCCAAAUGGUUUUUCAACUCCACAAGACCACUCAACUGAGUUUGAUGGACAUAUCGACCUUGCAAAACAAUUGAGCAUACUUCAUACAUUGUUGAUGGAAUGUGUGGAAAAAAUAUCCCCUGUACGUCUUCAGGAAGUAGAAAAGUUGCACAUGAUACUAGAAAGAAUACAAUUAGCACUUGCUCAGCCYGCUGGAGUUCGAWCACCAUUAAAAAGUUUUAUUGAAAAUCAACCAUCUAAUGAACAGAAUAAUGUUUACCAGCCUGUACAACAUCAAAACAUUUUUAGAUAUAAUGAUCCAACUUUGAAAGAUGGUGCUCAACGUUUGUAUGGGUCAACUCAAGGGUCAUCUUUAAACAGCACAAAUAAUUUGGUUGGAAGUUCUACAUUGUUGUGUGAAAAACGUCCUAYGACCAAUACGACUCGUGCGUCAACUCUACCCCGCAAUGCAUUUUUCUCGUCUAACCCAGGUUCUCCUAAUUUACAACUUUGUCCCAAGCUAAAAUUUGAUGAACCAGUUACCACGUACAAUGGAUUCACUCCUCAUCAUCAUAUCAAUCAUAAUAAUGGUCACAGUUCUGAUGUUGAAAUCGACCCACAGCAAAAGGGAAGCCAAAUGUCCAUAUCCACAUUAUCAAAUGUAGCAUCUUCUGGUUAUCAGAGUUUUGCAGCAUAUAGUCAGAGCUCAAGUCCUGUCGAUUUGACCAAUAACAAUAGCAAACCGCCAWUGGCUAAUGGCAAUGCUGCUUUGCCUCCUCUGGCAUUUGUCAAUCCUGUAUAUCAACAUCAUCACCAUCACCAUCACCAUCAUCAUCACCAAAGAAAACAGCGACCACGGUCAUGUAGCUCUUCUGAAGAUGAGAAUACUCCGGUUAAUGAUAAAGUAGCUCAAGUGGCGCCAAGAUUCCUACCUCCCCAYCGAKCUCCAAGAACUAAUCCACAGUGUAAUGGAGGUGGUAUGGCCAGAUCAUUAGCUUGGAAAUGGUCUCCAAGCAAAGUCAACGGAGUCAGCCCUAAUCCUAAAUGUUUACCUAGUGAUGUUAAAAAAGUGUGUCCUGCUGAAAUGCCUUUAAGAAGGCGUGUGUCCAUUGAUUCUAGUCGUGGAAUGUCUGAAGACUCUUCUGAGGACGAAGACACAAGAAAUCAAAAUAUUGCCAACAAAUUGAAAACUAAUCGCUCCAUCGAUCAGAUAAGCUACCAGAAAGAGAUUGAACGUCUUCAAACCAAUGUGCAAAUACUUAAAUUAAAAUUAGAACAGGCCGAACAGCAAUUGGAAUCAGAACCAGAUUCACCAGAAAUUAUAGACAAUGAACCAGAUAAUAUGAAAAACAUAAUAGCUAGAUUGAUGUCUGUGGAAGAUGAACUGAGACGUGAGCAGCGUAAAAUGUCUGACACAYUAACUCACAAGCAGCGUGUGAUUGAGGCCCAAGAACACCAGAUUGCUGCAUUAGACGCAGCUAACAACCGAUUGUUGAAUGCUUUAAGCCAGCUAAAAGAACGGUACCAAAUCACCAAUGGAAAAACUAAUAGUCCAAGUCCCAAUAUCAACCAUAGACUGCUUGCCGAACUUGGUGAACUCAAGAGCUCAUCUUGCUAAAAACUGUCCUUUUGUCAUAUUCUGUAUUUAAAGAUAGACAGAUAGUAUUUUAUCUAAAAAAAAGAAUAUUUAAAUAUUUUCUCUGAAAUAGGUUCAAAGUUUCAAACACAAUUUUUUUCGAACUAAGUUUACCACAUUGGAUAGGUCGCUGCAUUAUUAAAUACAUGCGUUUGAUGCAAAAUAAACUUAAUUAAAUUACUAAUUUCAAAUCAUUAUCAAGUAUUAUUAAUUUUAAUGUGUUCUUACAUAG